CGAAGGAGCGAAGAAGAAGAAGAAGAAAGACGACAGAAAAAUAGUCGCAAAACUUGCACCCGAAGCAAAAACAUCGGUCGGUUUUACGGCACGGCAGAGGAAAUUUACUUGUUUUGGAAGCAUUUUAAAACGAUCGAUGACGAUCGCGAAGGUGAUCGGUUCGCUGUAGCUGAUCCAUUCAAGCGGAUAAGCACGGCACGGUUGCAAAAGGCCAGGAGGAAAUAGCUAAUCAAUGCCCUGGCUCAAUGUGUGUGCCGAUGCCAAGGUCAGAGUCGAAUGUUGAAAAAAGAAACUACACACACUGCUGUACAGUCGGGUGCAAACCUCUGGAAGCCGCGGAUCCCGGUGCUUGCGAGAUGAAUCAAAGGAGAAAAGCGUAAUAAAUCAAUGUAUUCACUGGAGGAGGCUUUUUGCUGCAGCGCUUCGAAAUCGUCUCAAUGGAACCGUCGUCGUCAUACCCGUGCUAAGGUAGCGGACGAGCUGAAACGGCCGUACAGCAAUUGUAGCAGUGGCAAGCGGCGCAGAAAACUGGAAGCCACAAACGUGCAGCCCAAAAUCCCGACCGGCCAUCCGCCCGUACCUGGCUGCUACUGAUGCGAAGCUUAACCACAACACCAUCAUCACUAUCAUCAUUAUCAUUGCGCGGUGCGCAUCAGCUCAGCCGAGCACGGAACGCUGGCGCGCGCGUGUGGAUAACGCAGCAUGGAGCUACAGUAAAUUAGUUGGUUCAGCGUGAAGAAGAUUAAUCGCGUGAAAAGAAACGACCCACUACAGAGUACAGUGCGCGGCGGGACAUCGGGAGCGGCAUCGGUGUCAUAGUAGAUCGCGUAGAAUUAAAGCGCCAUUGAUAAGACACGGCGCACGCUAGAAAAAUCCAGACCUUGUUUUGGACGUACAUUCCGCACCGGCAGCGGGAGCAGCGAGACGCUGACUGAUUGCAUCGUGCUGUUGAACCUAAUCACUGUGUAUACACAGCGGACAGAAGGAACCGCCGGCCCCGGAGUCACGAUGCCGUGUUAUAGCUUAAGAAAUAUCAUCAAGUACCCGCGAGCAGUGCUGCGGACGAUUCUGGUGGUCGCCAACAACAUCUACUGCGUGCCCACCUAUCUCGUAUGGAUGUUUUUGCUGCUUCCGCUAAGAAAGAUCCACGAAACGUACUACUACCGCAUCGAGGGCAUACUCUUCCACUGGCUGCUGGCCAACGUGUCGAUGUGGUCCUGGACGGCCGGUUACGAAGUGGUGGAGAUGGGCGACGAUAUAACGACCGCCUUCGAUAAGCGCACGCUGGUGCUGGCGAACCAUCAGAGCACCUCCGAUGUGCCCCUGCUGAUGGCGGCCUUCAACGCCAAGAAGGGCAUCCUGCCGAACAUCAUGUGGAUCAUGGAUCGGCUCUUUAAGUAUACCAACUUCGGUGCGGUCAGCCUUGUGCAUCAGGACUUUUUCAUUGCCUCGGGCAAGAAAAAUCGCGAAAAAUCGCUACAGCAACUGAAAUCGCACAUACGGCAGUGCUACGUGCCGCGGAAGCGGAAGUGGAUGGUACUAUUUCCCGAGGGUGGUUUCCUGCGUAAACGGAAGGAAGUUAGUCAAAGAUUUGCAGAGAAAAACAAUCUACCAGUAUUAAAUAAUGUCACCUUGCCGCGUGUCGGUGCUAUGAAGGCCAUUAUGGAUAUGCUCGGAGCGCCGAACGACAUGAACGUGUGCUCGUCCUCGUCCACCACCACGAACCCAUCGCUCGUCGGCUGUGGCAGUGUCGGUGGCGGGCAGGAUGCGGUUAAACAAUCGGCCAGCAACAGCACUAUCAUCAGUAGCAAAGCAAUAAACAAGGAUGACGAUGACUGUGAUACCUGUAAGGAUGCCUCGUACGCAUUGCUGAACGGGCAAUCGGGCGGCUGCUUAGAGUACGUACUAGACAUUACGAUCGCGUACCCGCAAGGCGUACCGCUAGAUCUGCCCAACAUUGUGCACGGUAUGCGGGAUCCCUGCCAGACGUUUCUAUUCUACAAACUUUACCAUAGUUCGGAGGUUCCGCGCGACAGCGAAUCCCUCACCCAGUGGUUGUACAAUCGAUUUUACGAAAAGGAGAAACUGCUCGAAGAGUUUUACCGUACCGGCAGCUGGCCGGCAAGCUGUACCAUUCCCCCGACGGCCGUGCACCAGGAUUUGCUGCGGUUUUUGCUAAUUCAUUUGUUUUUCAUCACCUCUACUUACGUGCAUCUGCAGCUGAUCCUAAUGCUGAUCAACUACACGAACGUCAUGUACGUGUACAUGCUGAGCUAAGCCAACGAAUGGCAGCUUUUCGGUCGCGUUUCGUACACCACUAAUCUCGCAGCUCCAAGCAGCAGCAAGCACGGCUCUCCGAAGGGCGCCGCGCGACAGAAAAAAAAAUGAACACUUUAACAGCGUGCAGCUUAGCAGUAUGGCGGAAGAGUACUGAUGAAAACUUGCAAGGCAAAAAGCAAAAAAAAACAAAACAAAACCAAACUCUAAGUCGCACCGAGUGAAUAUUGAGACAUACUUUGCUAAAUUAUAAGUUAAAAAGAUGGCGCCCCGCGUUUGUGCUGAUGUUACCCACUCUAGUGUAAAUGGUUGUAGUGUUAAGUGGCAUAUAACGAUCGCAGAACCAUGUGGGCAAUCGCAGUAAGCUGUGUGUAUGUGAAACGACACGGCAGCAGGAAGAUUAGCAGCGCAAUAUCUGUGUGUUUCUGUGUGUGUGUGUUUUUUUGUGUGCGUGUGUAUGUUUGAGCGCGCGAGCGCCUGUCGUAGUCAUGCCGACAAGCGACAGUUCAGCGCGGAACGGGAGUAUUCUGCGUGCUGUUUCGCGUUAGUAGCACAUGUCGCGACAGCAAUGCAUUAUUUUGCAUAAGAAGACGCGCAUAAAGUAUCGUCCGAUAUCGAAUACAUUCUCCUCCACGACCCAUUUCCUCCCCUUCUCCCCCUCUCUCCCCAUUCAUCCACCCUGGUUAGCGUUUAUACAGCGCGCCACAUGAGCUUGCGCCUUUCCUCGCAAACGACGCGACGGUAAAGGUAGCGUUAAAAUGCGCACAACAUACAACAAAUACUGAUGAGAAUAGGUAGCACAAAAACCAACCCCCCGGGGAAGUAAAUGUAAUGAUUUGCAAUCAACUUAAUGGUAUUGUACACACUAUACAGCCAACACACACAGUAAUGCAUCAUGUUUCCUGCCCCGCGCUUGUGUCGAGGAAAUUAUGCCGCAGCCGAAACGUUUGUUUGUAGCAUAUUGCGGUACAGUUAUUUUACCCAAACUGAGUCAGUGAAUACGAGUAAGAACUUCUCCUCCCGACGGUAGGAAUAUAAGCCGUUAAAAGAAAACGAAUUUUUGUUUUUUCUUAAGCUUACCCUUAGUUUCGAGUCAAUUUAGGGAUCAGGAGCAGGAGCAGGUAGGGGUUUUAUUUUUAUUUGUGUUUUUUUAAAGCUAUCGCCACAUCACUUUACGGCGAUUGAUUAGGGGAGCAGCGCACUACUUGUUGCGAACGUUUGCAGCAUGUUUUACCAAGUGUACGACGGCGGCUUUCAGGAAGCCGGCUAGGGAGAGAAAGGGUGAAGCGUGUGUCAAGUCGCGUGCGCAAGUCAAAAAGGGUAGAGAACUGUUUAAAACAGGGGUUUAUAUACACACACACGAUGCAUUACGUUUAGGUUAGGUUUACUUGGUUCUUUCCAGUUCGUUUCGGUGCACAGGGAGCCACACGAAGGGGGUUAGAUUAGAAGGGCCAAUACAGGCGUGCCGCGCACUUACCAAUUGAUUGUACAUACUAUAUACACACACGCGCGUACACGCAUACACCUACACGUGUGGCUGUUUAAAACGCCGUUUUUCUGUUUUCUUUCUCUCCUUUUCGCUGUAUCCGUACAAAAGCUAUUACUAUAUCCUAGCGAUAAUACUAACAGUUUUGCCCUAUUUUCCUAUCUCCCCCCUCCCCUUUCUGGCCACUGACACACUGUUCCCUUACAAACGUGUAGCAGAAACUAUUUAAUCUACCUGUUCUUUAGGAAACACAGCACACACACACACACGCCGUAAAAAACCGAAGAGAAAGGAAUAAGAGUAGAAAAUUUAAGCCGCAAACGAUAAGGAAUCACUUUCUUUCCACGACGCGGUACAGGGAAAAUAAUUCGCGCAAACUUGCACAUACGCGUGUGUGUGUGUUGUGUGUAUAAGGAAGUUCCAGAGUGUUAGGAGACGAUGUACGUGUGAUGCGGAAAAGGAAGUAGUAGCGUGUGUACUCCUGCCAGAGUAAGGAAUUAGCAUUCGUGCGUUAUUUAGUGUAUAAAUGUAGCACAACAUGAUGUUCCGUUUUCCUGCGCGGGGUGCGGGGGACAGUCAGGGAGGUUCCGUUGAUCAGUAAACGACCUCCAGCGCCCGCCCUCCUCCUCCUCCUCCUUUUAGGUAUAUUGUUUGCUCAUUUUCUACAAACCCGCUGGGCACACGCGAGGGCUUAUACAUUACAUACGCGAACCAGUUUGCCGUGUGCCGUGCACUAUGAUACCAUGAUUCAUUGCCAUGCUGUGUGGCAAUACCGUGUGAAAAUGAUGAUCGCCAUUCCCCGAUCGCAUGCGUUUGGGUGGGGUCGUGCUUCGAAUACCUUUUUUCGAAUAGAAACAAGACAGUAAACAACAGUCAAAACCAGUCAAACAAAACUGUGUGCAAAGAAA